AGGGUGGGACAAGAAUGCUUUCUCACACAGGAAGGCUUACCAAGCUGUGCAAAACACCACAUAUUGAAUAAAGAAGAGGGGGGUGGAACAUAACCUGGAAAAUUACUUGCUUCAGUGACUACAGUGUAAUGUGAGCUUUUAAGGAAACAAGUCAAGCAAGUCUGGGAGAAGGAAUCCUGAACACAAAGCUGGUAUCUGCAUUCCACUUAGUACAGUAUUUGCUGAUUUGUUUGACUAUGGCAUCAGCUCAGAAUUCUUUGGGAGAUCUUCUUUCAUUUGAAGUGACUGCUGUUCUAAUUAUCAUUACCACCAUUUUACUUCUGUUGAGAUUGCACAGAAGAAGCAGAUUUUCCCUGCCAGGUCCUUGGGCUUUGCCUAUUGUAGGAAACUUUUUCCAAUUUGGAGAUCAAGCCCACAUAUCGCUUACCGACAUGAGGAAAACAUAUGGAGAUGUCUUCCUGAUCCAGUUAGGAAUGCUGCCUGUGGUUGUCGUCAGUGGUUCUGACACAGUGAGAAAGGUUCUAGGUAAACAAGGAGAGCAUUUUGCAGACAGGCCAUAUUUGUAUUCAUUUUCCCUGUUGGCCAAUGGAAAUAGUAUGACAUUUUCAGAAAAGUAUGGUGAUGCCUGGAAAAUUCAUAAAAAGAUUAUGACAAAUGCUUUGAGGACUUUUUGCAAAGCAGAAGCAAAUUCAUCUAACUGCUCAUGUCUUCUUGAAGAAUACAUAUCUACCGAAGCAUCAGACCUAGUCAAUGCAAUGCAACAAAUGUCAGUGGAGCAUGGAAGUUUUAACCCGUUCCCUCUUAUAACUCUGACUGUUGCCAAUGUUGUGUGUGCCUUGUGUUUUGGAAAGCGUUAUAACCAUCAUGAUAAAGAGUUUCUCCGCAUCAUUGAGGUCAAUGAGGACAUCGUAAGGCUGUCAGGAGCAGGACUUCUAGCAGAUUUUAUCCCAAUUUUACGAUAUUUUCCUUCAUCAGCUGUGAAAGAAAUAAAAAAAUUCACAAGAUCUUUAAAUAAUUUUAUAUCCAAAUCAGUACAAGACCAUUGUGGCUUACACAGUGAGCAUAACAUCAGAGAUAUCACCGAUGCCCUCAUGCACUUGUGCAAUGAAAGAAAUGCUGAUGAUAAAAAUCACAAACUAAGCGAUGAGCAGAUUAUAUCCACGGUGAAUGACAUCUUUGGCGCAGGAUUUGACACUAUAUCAUCUGGACUACUAUGGUGUAUGUUGUACUUAAUGAAGUAUCCACAGAUACAAGAAAAAAUUCAAAAGGAAAUUGAUGAGAAUAUUGGAAUUAGCAGGAUGCCCAGAUUUGAUGAUAGAAAAAAUAUGCAUUACACAGAGGCAUUUAUCAAUGAAGUACUGAGACAUUCAUCUUUUGUACCAUUUACAAUUCCACACUGCACUACAAUGGAAACCACACUGAAUGAAUAUUUUCUUCCAAAAGACACUGCAGUAUUUGUAAACAUGUACCAAGUAAAUCAUGAUCCGACAGUAUGGAGAGAUGCUGCCAUGUUCAUCCCGGAAAGGUUCCUUGAUGAGAACGAACAUAUUGAUAAAAGGUUGAUUGACAAAGUGAUGAUCUUUGGCAUGGGAGUAAGAAAAUGUGUGGGAGAGGAUGUGGCACGGAAUGAAAUGUUUAUUUUUCUCACAUCUAUACUGCAACGUUUUAGUUUAGCCAAGGAACCUGGACACACUAUUGAUGUAACACCAGUUUUUGGAUUGACUAUGAAACCAAAACCUUAUAAUAUCAAAAUUGAAAUUAGAAUGUAGACCUUUUGUCUUGUUAUUAAAAAAAAAAACUAAUAAAAGGAAGCUAAUUAAGCAGUUUUUAAUGAAA